UAUUUAAUUUAUACUACUUUAAUUUUUGAAAUUUUUACAUAAAAAAUCACUUUUGCACAAUUUAUUACCUAAAUACUCCUACACGCCUAUAUCUACUUUUUUACUUACAAUGUUAGUUUUAUUACACAAAUACCACUUAGUCAUCAUUCCAUGCACAUACACGUGUGCUUUCCCCAUCCUUCAUCAAUCAAAUCCUACUUUCUUCCCUCUCUUUUUUCAUUUUCUUUUAAUUUCAGUUUCGAUUUUUCAUUUCUGUUUUCUAACUUCAUUUGAAUACAAGUAACCUCCAUUAACCACCCAUUAUUGAUCACGUUUUUCCCUCUUCUUUUUGGUUCAUCCACGAAUUUUCAACUUCCUCUUAGCCCACGAUUUAGCAACUGUUUUUCCCUCUCUGUUUCAGUUUUUUUCAAUCUUAUUUAUAAGAUGGCAAUCACUCGUUCAUCAUCAUCCCCUUCUCCAGUUCUCAAACAAAAAUAAAAAAUGGGCAAGAAAUCGUUGGCCAACAAAUCCAAGGGUAAACGCCCGAUCAUUGAAGAUUAUGAUUCUGAUUUUGAAGCUCCAAUGCCCAAGCGUGGGAGACCCCAUUCUUCGAAGAAAACGAAGCUCAACUUGGAGGAGCACACGGUUCCAGAAAUUUCUGGGAAAAAACUCUUGCACCUGCUGAAGAUCGGACUCGGGUUUGGAACUAUAAAUUUAGUCCUUCUGAUUUUUACAGAUCUAAGUGUGUAUGCACCAGUGUUUAUUCCGUGAUAGAUAAUAUUAAGAACACUUUCUCUGUUAAUUUGCUUUCUUUGUUUCGUCAAACUCAGUUUGGGCAUUUUUUGGAUAUGCCUGAGUUUUUUUUUCAUCCGCAAGUCGUACAUAGUUUAUUACUAAGGGAAGUUUUCCAGCCCAAUCCUAAAGAGUUUUGGGCUAAGGUUGCUGGCCGUUGCAUACGGUUUAGUGCCGAAGAAUUUUACCUGAUUUCUGGAUUAGAUUGUUUCGGUGAUUGCAACAAGUUGUUGUUUUCACAGGAAACAAAUCAAUUGGUAGAAACAUGUUUCCGUGGUGUAAAAACUAUUGACCACAAAGCCAUCGAGGAUGCUUUUCUGGGUAGUCGGUGGGGUUUGGAUGAGUCUAUUGGUUUGAAAAUGGCUGUUUUGUAUUUCAUUCAGUGUUUUCUUCUUAGCAAUACUCCUGACAAAGAAGUGUCUAGGUUUGAUCUAGAUGUAGUGGAUAGCGGUCGGUGGGACGAGUAUUGUUGGGGUAGGGAAUCAUUUGAAUUGACAAUUGACUCAUUCAAAGGUAGGAUCCAGCAUGGGAUCAUUAUGAAAAAUAGGAAGGCAGAGAAGGGAGGCCAAUAUGAUGGCUGGUAUAGGGCAUUGGGAUGUCCUUGGGUUUUCACGGUUUGGUUUUAUGAAUGUUGUCCUGCAAUGGUGAACUCUUUCUGUAAGAGAGUUUCAUCUUCUAUUCCAAGGAUUCUGAACUGGAGCAACACCAUCGUCACCAAAAAUCCAACUCUUCGAGACUUGAAGGGCAAGAUUUUUGAUUUACCUUUGGAGAAGUUGAAGAUAAAAAACAUGCGUCCUACUGAUGAAGAGAGCAGCAGCUUCAACUUGACGGUUUAUUUCUCGAUGAAUCUAUUGAUGAUCGUGGUGUAGCGAAGCAAUCCUUCGAGGGUGGGUCAUCUUCAAAGAAGUCUGAUUCAGCAGAUAUUGAUUGGAUGAAAUCUAAGUUGGAGAUGUUCAUUUCGAAUCAAUCAUCAUUGGCCGAGGACUUCAUUUCAUUGAGGUGUUUUGUUGAUUUUAAUUUCAAGUCCGUAAUGACUGUAAUUAAGGAUAUCCAGGAGAAGGUUAAUGCCAUUCAUCGUCGUCCUUCUGAUGAGGUAUUUAUUCAUAUUUUAUUGUUUAGGUUUUUUCAUAUUUUUUUUAAAGUUUCUUUACUGUUUUAUUUAAGUUUCAUUUAUGUUGGUUGAUAUAGGGAAAGUCAUCGGAUGAAUUAGUAACUCAAGAUUCUGAUGAUGAUGCUGAUGAUGAUGAUGAUGAUGAUGCCGAGGAUGAUGAGAAGCAAUUGCCUGAUCCAGAAAAUAUUGAUUCCGACUCCGACGAUGGUGGUGAGUUGGUUAAAGUUGGUGGGGAUGCUGAUGAUGCUGACAAGGUUGUUACUGCUGUUCCCGCUGCUGAUGUGAAUCCAUCUGAGGCUGUUGGAGGGAGUGAUAAAAAUGUUAAGGAUGUUGAGAAGCCGAAGGGCGAUGAGUCUCGAUUGAAGGGGGACGAUUUCUUUGAUGGGUUGAGCCAGCUUGAAAUAGAUGAUGAUCAAGUUGUGUUGGCUGGCUUGGAGGCUGUUGGUAAAAUCCAUGUAAGUUUACUUUUAAUUGUUUUCAAGAAAACUAGGUUUCUUUUUGGUUGCUCAAUAGUUUCUAGUCUGUUUUGCAACUGUUUUAAUGCAUUCUUUCUUUUUUAGGUCCCCGCACCCAAUCCAGAUGUUGUUGGUCAAAAGUCAGAUGCCCUUCAUACUGAUGAAGAAACUGAGGACACUGUCUCUGAUACACCUCUGUUGGAUAAGAGGAAGCGUGCUCCGGCCUUGAAAUCUCCAUUUGUUGAUUUCGGGUCUGCUGAUGUCGGGAGCACUCCAAUGGAGCUUAUGUCCUCAGGUUCUCAAUCAGCUGGGGAUGAUAGGAAUUUCAAAAUGGUGACUUAUGUGAAGGGCCUUUAUGCUCUUAAUGAUGCGUUUGUUGAUCCCGUAUCUACCGAGAUUGAGGCAAAAUUUGACGCUUGGAUUGGUGAAGGAUUGCUUAAACAUCCUAGGUGACUGUUUUUAUUAAAUCUGU